GCAAGCCAUAUUUUCACAGAUAAAUUUUAGAAAGACAGUAUAAGAAACAGAUUUAUUAACAAAAAUGUAUUGAUGAAUAAAUUAGAUCUGUUUUAAAAAUCAAUAAUUAUAUUUUCUCUGCGCAAGUCGGUACAUUUCAGUAUUUUCUUUGAGGUGCUUUGGUAUUUUCGUAAAAUUUAUUCUGGUCACACUGAUUUCAUUUUUCAUUUCAUUCCAUUCCUUAGCGUUUUUCUCUCUCACUGAUCGCGUUUGUUCGAUGUGCGUUCGAUUCGCAAAAUGGCGGACGGAGGCGUCGACAUAGAUCUUUACGCUGAUGAUAUUGAAUCAGAUUUUAAUAGACAGGACGAGUUUGGAGGCGAGAAUGUGGAUUUAUACGAUGACGUGAUCGCUGCUCCGCCUGCGAAACCGGAGGAUGGCGAUGGGCCGCCGAAUUCCGGAGCUCCACAGCAUGCACACCCUCCCGAAGAAACAAAUGGCAACGCUCCAUAUCACCACGCACCCAGCCACCAUCAUGGCCGCCGCUUUCAACUUUACGUCGGCAACCUCACUUGGUGGGCAACGGAUCAAGACAUAGCUAAUGCCGUCGCCGACGUUGGCGUGACGGAUUUUCAAGAUGUGAAGUUCUUCGAGAAUAGGUCGAAUGGACAGUCGAAGGGGUUCUGCGUCAUAUCUCUCGGGUCGGACCAGUCGAUCCGCAUGGUCAUGGAUCGACUGCCGAAGAAGGAGAUCCACGGACAACAUCCAGUUGUCACAAUGCCAACUAAACAGGCUUUGAAUCAAUUUGAGAGCCAGUCGAAGACUCGGUCUACACCGCCAGGGCCGAACAACCCUGGCAUGAGAGGGCCCCAUCCAGGCGGGCCGCCUGGACCCCAUCCUGGAGAAUUUUUCGGUGGUGGCCCCAACGGCCCCGGUCCGAACGGGCCGCGCAUGAUGAUGGGCGGCGGGCCGCACCACCAGAUGCGGGGCCCUCCGCCCGGGCCGCACCACCACCCGCACCCGGGCCCGCCCCCGCACCACAUGCAGCACCAGGGCCCGCCGCCGCACCAAGGCCCGCCGCCUCACCGCCCGCCCAUGCCGUUCCAAGGGCCACCGCAGAUGCAGCGCCCGCCAGGCCCGCGGCCGGGCCCGGAGUGGGGCGGGCGCGGGCCCCCGCACCACAUGCAGCCGCAGCCCGCGCCGCAGUACGGCCCGCCCCAGCACCAGGUGCCGCCGCAGCAUCUGCCGCCCCAGCACGCGCCGCCUGGGCAAGGCAUGCCGCCGCCGCAUCACCAGAUGCCGCCUCAUCAACAGGGCCCGCCUAGAGGACCCGGGCCGAUGCCACAACACCCAGGUGUAGGUGGUGCUCCAGCUCCGCACGUGAAUCCUGCAUUCUUUAAUCAGCAGCCGCCCGUGCAGCCCCAGCCCGGCCCGCAGCCCCCGCAGCCCGGCCCGCCAGCACAAUUCGUUCCAGGGCCGGGUGCGCCGUACGGCCACCCCGCUCACGGGGCCCCGCCGCCGGCCCAGGGCCCGCCGCCGGGGGCCCGCCAGCCGUAUGGGAGACCGCCGCAGAACUACCCAGCUCCAGCUGAGCCAGCGAGAGCUCCUCAUCACCCAGCGCCGAUACCGCACGUUCCUCACGCUGCUCUCCCACCCCACCCGGUGAUAUCUGAAGCGGAGUUCGAGGAAGUGAUGAGCAGGAAUCGAACCGUGUCCUCAAGCGCCAUAGCCCGCGCCGUCAGCGACGCGGCCGCAGGGGAAUACGCCUCGGCCAUCGAGACUCUGGUCACUGCCAUAUCCCUCAUUAAACAGAGCAAGGUGGCUCACGACGACCGUUGCAAGAUCCUAAUAUCAUCCCUCCAAGAUACAUUGCACGGCGUCGAGACCAAAUCGUACAGCAGCGGCGACAGAUCGCGGCGCUCGCGGUCGCGGGAGAGAGACGCGCGCGUGCAUCACCGCGCGCCGCGCCGCCGCGACCGAUCCGCCAGCCGGUACCGCGACCGCAGCCGCGAGCGGGACGAGCGCGACCGAUUGACUGUACUAUAGGGCCUCUUCUUGUGUGUUAUUCACAUUCUCAUUGAAAUUUAUACUGUGCCACAUUCUCAUCAAUGGAAGAAUAUCCAGGAAAACACUGGGGGCCGCUUAGCGUGCGUCGCUCGACAGUCGUCACGUCAAUGAGGUAAGUUGGCGAUUUAGGCGCAUUUAACGGGAUGAAGAAUCGUAUUGAGCGUUAAAAUAUGUAUGAAAACAUGUCUCAAGUUGCAGGGAUUGACGCAAAAUGGCGUAUUAUGCGAGAAAUCGUAUUAAGCGUGAUCGCAUUAAACUGUUUCUACUGUAUAUGGUCAAAACCAUAUGCGUAAUUAUUCCGUUUUGUUCGCCAGCUCCUCAUUACUAAUGCUACGGCUGAUGGCAAUUCAACUUCGAAUUAAUUGCACUACGCAAGGGUUGCCAGGUUAGGUAGGGUAGGGUUGCCAGGUCGCCAAACCUAUAAGCAGGACUGACCAGCCAGUGUGGCCGGACAUUGGAGUAAAAAGGCCGGACACCCUACAUUAUUAGGAUUUUUGUAACUUCGAUUGACAAAAAUUGUACAUAAAAUAAAAGUGGCCGACAGUGUACUCGCUUGCGCUCGGCCACGCUUGGCACUCGCUCGUUUGUAAAUGUAAAAAUUUGGCUUUUGUUAGGCAGCGUUUAUUUUGGCUGGACAUAAUCAAAAAGCCUAACUAUGUCCGGGUGUAUCCGAGCGUUUUCCAAAAAAGGUGUACCCCCCACUAUUGAGCUGUCCGCCGUGUUUGAAAUAUAAUAAAAAAUAUAGUUAAUGUCUCAAAAAUUAUUUUAAUGAUUGAAAAGCAUUAAACACACUCGUAAACUAGUUAAGUUUAAACAAAAAUCUUACUUCUUUGCGUUAAUAUUUCAAUAAUGACCAUUUUUAUAUACCAAGGGUUCACAUUUUGAUGUCCCCCACUCGUGUAAUUCGAUGUCGGAAGGCGAUACUGUAAUUUUUUCUACUAGGAUAGCAUCAUUUGUGGUAGCGUUUGAAAAUACACUGAUAUAUCUAUCGUCGCCGGUAGUUUUUAAUUUAAGUUUUAUGAUCAUUUAAAUACAGUUUGUUUUUCAAAAAAGUCGUAAAAAGUGGUACCGAACGUACAUGUCGGUUUUGACACGGUUAAAACUGGCAUUUAAAAAAAUUACCAAGACUAUUUCAGUUUUUGAAAUGGCAACAACAUCCUUUUUACCCACCGACCGCCAUUUUAUAAAAGAUAUUUGUCAAAUACCCUUCGAGUAAACAGACGUGUUUAUGUGAGAGCCACGGCCGUCAAGAUUUCUCCUUUCGGGUUUGACACAGAUUUAUCUACUAAUUCAGGUAAGUUUAACUUAUUUAACUGUUUUUAAAUUAUGAGCAAUAUCCUAAUGUAAGGUUAUUUACAUUUGGUAACAAACGUAGGUAAAAGUUUUCGUCAGAGUAAGUUUUUGAAUAUAAAAUGGGAAGUGAACGUCACGUCAGUUUUGCGACAUUUUACCCCGUGACCUACAAGCUGACUAGUAAAGUCGCAAAACCGACACCAUAAAGCUAAGACUACAUGAUGGCAUUACCUUUUUACCCGACUGACGAAGAAAGGAGGGUAAUGUUUUUCGAGCAUAUUGUAUGUAUGUAUGUCCAUUUCUUUGGCACGCCCUACAGCCUAAACGGUUCGACGGAUUUUGACUUGCGAGGUGUCAUUCGAUUCGUCGUGAUUGUGUACUAAAUUUUAAAAAAUCAAAUCCCCUCUUUUUAACUGUCGUGUUAGUAAGUGUGUCUGAUCUCUGUUUAAUUUUAUAUUUUUAUGAUGAUUAUUUAAAAAAAUAAAAUAUAAUAUUGAUUUUAAUUUAACCUUAACUUUACUUUAAUUUUAGGUUUUAAAUAGACCCGAAUCCAAUAAUUACUUUGUCGGUUAAACUACAUAUUCAUUGUUUAAUCGUAAAAGUAACGGUUACUUUGGCAUCAGCUGUGACAAAACCGAACUUAAAACCAGAAUAAUUAGUAUUAUAUUGAGUUGGUGAUUAAAUUGGCCUUUUUGCAAUAAUUAAUUACUGAUAAUCUUCGUAACUCAAUUAAAAUCUUUUGCGUCUUUCUUCAUAGUUAGUAGAUAACUAGCGUUUAAGAUAGUCGCAAAACUGACAUUUUAUUCUUCAGAGCUAGUUUAAUUUGAUGAUUUCUCGUAUAAUAGAUUAAUCUCCAACAAUUAAAUAUACUGUCAUAAACUAUCAUGUAUCUUAAUAAUAUCUAAUACAAAAAAAAUCAUCAAAAAUGGGAUAUCUUAUAAAUAAGCAUAAAUUCAAGACAAGUACACUUUUUUGGAAAAUGCUUAUCCGCACGCCUGGCAACGCUAACUGCGUUGAUAACGAGAGAUCGAAUCGUGAGAAAAGCUAGGACUUCUCGCGAUAAAAUUUAAUUACACAUCGAACUGAACUGCGUGUAUUAUUCAUUAACAAUAAGAAAAUAAUGAUUGAAGAAAUGAUAAAAUUAAUAGUAAAUUAAGAAUAAAAACUAGGUUUGUAAAAACCGCAACACCCAGACCACCAAAAAAGUUAUCCCGCCCAAAUGCCGCGAUGUUCUGUGUUAAUGCGAAAUCGCGAUGUUUAUUCAAAUGUCACUGUGGGAGUACAUUAUUUCUUUACGGUCGACGCGUCGCUCUAAGUCGUCGCACAUAGAGGUAAAGUCAUAGCCGGCCGAGCGACCGGUCUUCUCGCUGCUCGCCAGUGGCGGGGCAAGACCUAAAUUUGAUGUGGGCAAGACAGAUUUCGGUAGGCCCUGUUCUGUGGCGACCUGAAGACGGAUUUUAUAAAAUAAUACAAAAAAAGAAAUUCGCUUUUAAGCAAUGCAUAAAAAUUUUUGAGGCGCGAGGCCCCUUGUACCGCGACGCC